GGAGCGCGGUCCGGGGAGACACGUGCAGGAUGUCCUUCAAGAAGGAGACGCCGCUGGCCAACGCCGCGUUCUGGGCCGCGAGGAGGGGAAGCCUGGCUCUGCUCCGGCUGCUGCUGACCAGCGGCCGCGUGGACGUGGACUGCAGGGACAGUUGCGGCACCUCGCUCCUCAUGGUCGCCUCCUACGCGGGCCACAUCGACUGCGUGCGGGAGCUCGUGCUCCAGGGCGCGGACAUCAACCUCCAGAGAGAGUCAGGCACCACCGCCCUGUUCUUCGCUGCCCAGCAAGGCCAUAACGACGUCGUGCGAUUCCUCUUUGAAUUUGGAGCCUCCACUGAAUUUAGGACCAAAGACGGGGGCACUGCCCUGCUCGCUGCCAGCCAGUACGGGCACAGGCAGGUGGUGGACACCCUCCUGAAGCAUGGUGCCAACGUCCACGACCAGCUCUAUGAUGGAGCCACUGCCCUCUUCCUGGCUGCCCAGGGCGGCUACUUGGAUGUCACUCGGCUGUUGCUGUCGUCGGGAGCGAGAGUCAACCAGCCGAGGCAGGAUGGGACGGCACCACUGUGGAUCGCAUCACAGAUGGGCCACAGCGAGGUGGUGAGGGUGAUGCUGCUGCGGGGAGCCGACCGCGAUGCCGCCCGAGACGAUGGCACUACGGCGUUGCUGAAGGCCGCCAACAAGGGCUACCACGACGUCAUCCAGGAGCUGCUGAAAUUCUCCCCCUCCCUUGGCCUUCUGAAGAACGGGACGACAGCGCUCCACGCGGCCGUGCUCAGCGGGAACGUUAAGACCGUCGCGCUGCUCCUGGAGGCGGGGGCAGACCCAGCCCUGAGAAACAAGGUACGGGCCUGCCUUGCGGGUCUUUCGACUCCAUCAGGCACCUGUGCAGAGGCCAACAAACUUCCAGCAGAACUCACCCAAAACGAGCGAAUACUGAGUCUCCUGCGAGGCACGGAGGGCCACAGGAAGAGCUACCUGAGCUGCAUAUUUGACUGAAGGGAGGAACCGUCACCGCAUUGCCCACUGGAAACUGCUUUCAGAUGGUGUUGGAGAUUCUGUGAGGAGACAGCGCCCUGGUUGCCCACCCAGGUUCCCCACCCAGAAGAGCUGUGCCUGGUGCCUGAGGCACAGGGCAGGGACCUCCUCAUUCACACGGCUGCUCGCGCGGCCUGCAGCCCACUCCCCGGGGCCUGGCAGGGUCGUGGACUCACUCGUGUCUCUCGGUUAAACCCUAAUUGUUAAACCUUCCAAGAGCUUUAAGUCAGAAGACAGAAAGACUGUAAGCCUUUAAAAGCUGCAGGUCUGACCUCCGAUGAGCUAGUGCCCUUCAGCUUUUGUGUUACAUGUAAGUGUGCUAAAAUGUGUAGCUCCGUGACAUUUUACAUGUAUGCAUGUAUGUCGUCCCAGUGUAAGGUGUUCUCCUACCCAAGGAUCAUAGCCGUGGUCUCAGAGACCUGACGUGCGAACGUGCAUCACUAAGAAGACAAAGUGUUCAUGUGUGAGUUGAGCCGGACCUUGGUCCUAACACGUAAAAGCCAUGUUUACCCGGAGUCCGUAUUGCAGGACGGGUAGGAUGCAAGUGGCAAGUUUGGAAAUUCAGAAAAUUACAAACCGUGGGCCUUGAGGAUUGUUUUUUUUUUAGCUUUUAUUUAGGUUAUGUUAUCGGGACCCUGAUUCCUGUGCCAUUGGCAUGCUCUGGAGUCUGGAGCUUCCAGCAUCUCUCUGCUUGGUACCGUGGCUUUGCGGUCCUUGGAUACAAUGUGUGAUAUGUGCAAGUACGAUACGCUAGCACGAUUGCAGGACUGUAGUAAUAAAAGACCGUUGUUAGUGUGUAGUAAGUGUUCCUCUAUGCAUGCUCUUGAGCUAGUGGGUUCCAAGAAGGAAACCUGGGUUUUAUGGAAUUAUUCCUCUGAGAAAGGUGUCAAAAUUUAUAUUCGAUGCACUUAACAAUCAGUGGUGUCUACAUGCCUCAUUCGGUGCCUACGCGCACAGACAUGAGCUAACCCUCUCUCUGUAACCCGCCGUGAUGAACACGGGUAUUCUGUGACUUAGAAACACAUCUUCCGUUCUCUCGUUCCUGUUCUGCUCUGUGUCCCGCCAGUGUUCUGUGUAAACACACGUUGACACGGAGGGAAAUGUAACCCCAGGAGGGUUUUAACCAACUUGCAGUGUCACUAAAAGCAUUUUCGUUAAGUCAGUAAACAACGGAGUCUAACUUUGAAAUUGGCAGAUAUCCUUCUAAAGUUUGUUAUGAUCAAUAACAUAACCAACAGAUAUUAGCUUAUUUUGAUCAUUAUCACAAGCAAAGCCAGUACUGGGCAACCCACAGCCUGGCCAGCUAUGCAACACGCCUGCAGUCUCACGUCAGGAUAAACAAUGAGAAAGCUUCGUCUGGAUUGCUGAACCCCGUAUAUUAAUAUUUUAGUAGCUGCAAAGCAGUGCCAGUUUCCUCAUUGACUGUCUUUUACUCAGCAAAGUUGUGCAAUUACACAUCCCCCCAUGAGAAUUUCACAAAGCAAUAUUUAUUCUGAAGAGGAAAAUAAUGUGGCCUUAAAUUUUUAAUAUUUUUUGCCUUAGUUAGAGCCCUAACUUAGAGCCUUAAGCCAAAAAUGGUUGCUCAUCACUGAUCUAAAUCAAAAGUUUUAUGGGGACUGAUAGCAAAGUUCCAAAGGACAAAAAUGCAAUGAAGUCACAAACUUAAUGUUGUUGUUUUUCACUAAGACAUGCUUUCCUUGGCCUAUUUAUGAGAUCAUUUUAUGUGGAUAAUGCUCUUGAUCAAUAUCAGGGUCAUUAAAAUGAAUCCAGGAGCUUUAACAAUAUUUAAGGGAGCCUCUGACUGUAGGCAAGAGGUCUCUAGCGUAGAAGGCUCACGUGUGGUCUCGAUGAGAUGAUAUUAUCCACAGCAGGGAAGAUGAUCAUCUAAAUCACUCACCCAAGACUGGAAAAAACCAAACAAAACGUUCCGUUAUUUAAAGUUAAAUUGCAACCUGGGCACGUGCCCUGACCAGGAAUCAAACUCUGACCUCCUGGUUCAUGGGUUGAUAACAGGCAAACAGGUUACUUUUCACUGAAUUUACUGGGUGACAUUGGUUAAUGAAAUUGUAUAGAUUUCAGGGGUGCACUUCUAAAAAAAUGUUUUUAAAGCUGAAUUGCAUUUGUUUGUACACAGAUAGAUGGUUCUUGUUUUAUGUUCAUCUAACUCACAGUUCAUUGAGCUCUUAGAACUAGCAAUUCCUAUGCAAGGCAUGUGUUUAAUUCAACCACAGAAGUUUUUCAUUAUGUCCAUUUGUCUGAUGAAAUACUCCAGGUUAUAAUUCAAAAUAAAGUUAAUAUACUACCCA